AUGGCGGAGGAGCAGAGGUGGCAGGAGGGGCACCGGCUGUGCGCCAGCAACUGUGGCUUCUUCAACAGCCUCGCCACAGUGGACCUCUGCCCCAAGUGCUACCACAACAACCACCAGCAACAGCACCCAACCGUCGCCGCCGCGCAGGCCCCCUCUACUCCCGCUCCAUUGGCCUUCCAGCCUUCCUCCGAGCCCGAGCUCGAGCAGUCGACGCUCGUGGCCGCGAGCUGCCAGAAGCGCGUAGGUCUGACGGGAUUCGCGUGCCGGUGCGGGGCCACAUUCUGCGGCGUCCACCGGUACCCAGAGCGGCACGCGUGCGAGUUCGACUUCAGGGCGGCCGGCCGCGACGCCAUCGCGUUUGCCAACCCCAUCAUGAAGGUCGACAAGCUCAAUGACAAGAUCUGA